GCGAGCGAACGGGCCAAUGUUAGUACGUUCGUCGUCGCCAUUGCCAGUGCGUUCUCGCCCUCGCAUUCGUGCGCUACAUCUCGUGUGCGACGGUUCUUAAAUGCUGAGAACGAUAACUCGCAAAAUAACAAUUUUCACGAAAAUUACAUCCAUCAUAACAUAAGGAUACCAUAACAAAUACAAUUUUUACACAGAUAAUAUAAAACUAGAGAGAACUAUUUAAUUGUAAAUUAAGAUAACUUGGAUCCCCUGUAAACAUCAUAAAUAUAUCGAAAAAAACUAUAUAUUGUUAAAUCAUUUGUCAAAGUAUUUUGAGAGAAAUAACAGUUGUGGGCCCUCAGAUAAAUUAAUAGUGAGCUCUCUACCGAUGCAGCAGCAUUGCACCGAGCUCACCCAAAAAUUGUUGAACUCAAUUGAUAAGGAGUACAAUGUCGUCGAUAUGGGCGCCGUCGUGGAUGUCAUCACAGCCCUGGAAAAGACGACAAUCACCAAAGAAGUGCUCGAGAGUACACGACUUGGAAAACACAUUAACGAAUUACGACGUCAAACAACAAAUGAUGCACUCGCUAAGAGGGCUAAGGAUCUUGUGCGAAGAUGGCGAGAAAUGGUCUUACCGCCCACCAAUUCAUCCUCACAAGUGGCUGGAGGUGUAGCAACGGUUCAGGGAAUCAAUGGAACAAAGCCACAGAGUCCUGGGGUACGGGUUAUACCUAGGUCACGUAGUCCACCUGGGAAUAAAAUUUUUAAACCACAGAGUCCACUUCUACGAGAUGGAGCACCAUUGAAAGUCCUGAGUCCAGCCCUCUCCCUGACCAGCGAUCAGUCACGUUCACCAAAUCCAACGCCAACGAAGCACCUGCCAGCAUCUCUUCCCCAGAAUCACCGAUUGAAUCAGCCAAUAUCACCAAAACUCUCAACAACAUCACACAAUCCAUCCCUGGACGCAGUCCCCCGCACCCACAGCUCCAACAAACGCCUCCGAAAAGACGAGCCCACAGACACAAUCACCCCCCUGUCAUCAAAGGACGAUCAUAAUGUUAAGAAACAGCGGAUCAACGGUGAAAACGUAAAUAUUAAUGUUAACACAAACUCGCAAGUGCCUAGCCCAUUGCCAAUAAAUUCAUCAGUCGAUGUUAUCAUCAAUACUGACGAUAACAGUGUGGAUAUUGGUGGGGGACCCAAGAAACGUGGACGUAAGAAGGGUAGUAAAUCAGUGAAAAAUCAACAGCAGCAGCAAGAUCGUGUUAAAGAGAAACUUGCCAGCAUAUCGCGCAAUCCAAAGUUGAAGACAACCCAGGAGUUGCUGGCGGAUUUGCAGGCAAGGGGCUCGACUGUUACUGGCGCCGGCACCUGUAGAACAGUUAACGAGCCACCAACCACCGAGGAAAUACUACGGUGUGACGCUGACGAGGUCCCUUAUCCCCGCAACAAUCGAGUUAAAUUGACGAAUUCAGGGAAAAAGAAUGGCGACGAUGGGGAGAGCGUUGAUGAUGAUAAUUUCGAUAAAAUAACGUAUCAUGAUCCAACGGUGGAGGAAAUUCUCGCCAAACUGCCGCCCUUAGAUCACGACUCGAUAAGGUGGAGUGAUGAUGAGGAGCCAGCAAGCCCUGUCAAGAGGGACAUCAAUGAUGAUGAUGUUGAUAGACUGCAUGAUCAUUGUGUUGAGGGCCUCAAUGGCAAUUAUCAGUUCGGUGUGAGGCAUUCAGAGGGCAAGGAUGCCGAUGACGCUUGUGAUAUUAAGAGGAUAUCCGGUAUUUACAGACGUCGAAGUACUGAUACUGAUAGGGAAUUCAGAGAGUGGCACGAGAUGCUAGCUAGGCCCAGCUACGAUGGCCAAAUUCUCCACAUAUUGCCUUACGUUAUCAUUGAUUAAUUAAUUUUAGGCGACGAAUUAUUCAUUAUUUUUCGUUGAGCGUGAGGGGCUGUAAUCGAGGCCCUGGGAUUGCCUUUCGUUUUUUUUUUUUCAAUUUGUAUAUUUGCGUUUUUCUCUGAGGCAGGCUGCCCAGAACUCGAACGAUCGUUGGGACUUACUUUUUUUUCUCGUCAUUCUCACGUGUCUUCCGUUCGUCGUUUCAAAUUAUUUGGGAUCGUUUGGGUUCUGAUGAUGGGACAAUGGAUGGGCCGAGAGUGAUUGAGGGAGUGUGGACUGUUGUUGAAAUUUGAGGGGUGAAACACUUGGGAUCAUGGCGAUUGCGUUGUUGGCACUUGGUUUAGGACUUAAAAAUUAUUCUUUCUCGUUUUAUGAGUUUUCUUUCUUUCAGUUAUUAUUACUUAAUUCUUUCAAUGAUGGAAAUGAGAAUUAUUGUUCUUGAGGUUUUUUCUGAAUAAUCAUUACUGUAAAUAGUUGAGGUGUAAAUUGAGAGGGGAGGGAUUGAAUUCGUUACCGAUUGGAUUUGCGAUCAUUUUUUGAUCCCAGAUUGUCUGAAAUAUUAUGAUGAAUGUUGCAAUUGUAAAUUGUCCGUCGAAUGGGGAGUGCCAGUGAGAGGGGUGAAAAUUUAUUUCAGUUCUUUGGGUUCAACUUUUGGCAAUGACAAUAUGUAGAGAAAUUUGUGAGAAUUAAUUCACCAGUGGAGGGGGAAAACGGUUGAAGCCGAUUUUUUCUAUUAGUUUUCCGUGAAUAUCUCGGAAUCUAAGGGAGAUAGCAAAAUUUUUGUUAAUACCU